CUCGCCACUAAAGGAUUCAGAGAGAGGCCUCCAGUUCCCAGGCACUUUGAGGGAGAGAAGGUUGAAAGGAUGCAUCAGAUCUACAGCUGCAGUGAUGAAAACAUCGAAGUUUUCACCACGGUGAUUCCUUCCAAAGUGUCCAGUCCAGCCAGAAGAAGAGUCAAAAGCUCUCAACACCUCUUGGCCAAGAAUGUAGUGAUAGAAUCAGAGCUCUGCACCCCAAGGACCCUGGACUUGCUGCAGCACCGCAGAGACUGCAGCGAUGGAGAGGGUCGACGGGCAGGCCGGCUGCAGACUGCACAGCGGCAGGGGCCACACCAGGUGAAAAUCCCGGCCAGACCUGUUGGAAUUUCUGAACCCAAAUCAUCGAAUCUGUGUGGGAAUCGAGCAUAUGGAAAAUCUUUGAUUCCUCCAGUAGCCCGAAUCUCAGUGAAAACACCCGCCAUCUUGGAGGCAACAACCAUGGGCUCAGAGAAUGGAGCUGUUCUGAAAAGAGGCCCCAGAAAACUCAAGAAGAUAACUGAAGACUACCCAGCACUUCCCCAAGGAGCAGAGGCCUCCCUACCACUGACAGGAAAUGCUUCCUGUGGUGUGCCCAGCAUCCUUCGAAAAAUGUGGACAAGGCACAAAAAGAAGUCAGAAUAUGUGGGAGCUACCAACAGCGCCUUUGAAGCCGACUAAAGAUGAC